UUAUAACCUCUAACGACUUCACGUAGCAUCCGUUCCGUAGCAUUCUAUUCGCCGUACGCAAAAAAGCGAUUAUCACUCAAGCUCACCAUAUUUUCGUAAUGUUUGUAUUAAGUUAAUUGCUCAACGUCAACUCUGCACAAUCCCACAACGCUGUUGAACAAUCAAAACAAAUUAGUCUUUUCAUCUUCUAAUCCAUCAUGGCAAACAACACAAGUUACAAGCCAAAUGAAGGUAAAAGGGAAGAAUUCCGGCGAUAUCUUGAGAAGACAGGAGUAAUGGAUGCUCUUACCAAGGUUCUUGUGUUGCUUUAUGAAGAAGCUGACAAACCUGAGGAUGCACUUGCAUUUAUCCUCAAUGCAUUGUCGCGACAAACAGGCGCCGAAACAACCGACGACUUGAAGGCGCAAGUCGUCGAGCUGAAGGAACGCAUCGCCCAGCUCGAGGCUGAUAACAAACACUUGAGUGAAAGCGCCGUGGUGCAACCGGCGGAAAAGCAGCGAUCCUCGUUGAAACCGGCAGAUGACGAAGUCGCCGAAGAAGUAAAGGAAGAGGAUAAACCUGAGAUUUCAGAGUCGGUCGAGGAGCAAUCGGUUGCAUAAACUCCCCCCGAGGUCGCGCAGCAUAUUUACAGCGGUCUUUCUUUUGUUUAAUUUCCGCCGCGCCAACGCGUGUCGAUACUUUGAUUAUAAGAAGACGCAAUUCAUGUGUUUGCAAUAGUUUUUCUUUCUUGUUCUUGGAGUAUUUCAGUUGAGUUUGGUUCUUUGCGCGCGCAGGAUGCGCCUUAUUUUUUAAUCUAGUUAUUUCCUUCAAUGUUGAUGUACAAAGUACUGACAGUAUUAGUGAUAUAAUAAGAGAAUCGAGUCAUUCGUUUUAAAAGUUACUGUGAAAUUAUUAUUUAAUUUAAAGGUUAGAUUAGUUUUUAACUAUGACCGGCCAUAGCGGUGAAAUUCGUCCAGGAGGAUCGUCGUGCCGUCGCUUAAUCAAUCAAUAUACGCAAACUAUUGCACACUUGCAAAUAGGGUAAAUGAAAAUAAUACUAAUAAUAAUAAUAAUAGCCAAUUCCAUCCAUAAAAUACUAUGAUGACAGAUGUAACAUUUUUGUAUUUCGUAGCGUGAACGUUCAUUACUCAUGACUGUGUUUCGGUUGCUUUUUGUUCUUUGAAGACGAAACAAUAAGUGCUGCUUGACACACACAUGAACGAUACGUACGUCCAAUCCUACAUACUUUCAAGAUAAAUUCGCACUCGUGGAGUAAAGUAAUUUUUAUGGAUAUAUGUGACACUGAGCAGGAGACGACAAAAUGCUACAAAUACAUUUAUUUAAUGUACUUAUUUAUAGUUAAGAUUGUAAUAAAUAAAAGACACCUAGAAA